CGGGGUGGCUGUUGGGUUGAUUGAAAAAAAAAAAAAAAUCAAUAAUUGUGAUACUGAAAAAUGAACCACUGACCACCGCGUAGCUAUAGCAUGAUAGACCUCCAAAUAAGAAAAAUAAAGAGGAGUUUUGGUGAGAAAAAAACCCUUGUCCACGUGUUCCCCGGCAUCCUCCAAGAUUCUCUCUUUCGGGAAACAAGACACAAAAUACCAGAACUCGAGGUUGAUUAGUGCAUGGAGAAAGGAUUUAGCCAUGCUUACAUAUAUGCAGCAACCAUACCCCUUCUGUAUUUCGUUUCCUCACAAGAAGCAAUUGCGCUUUGGAACUCUCCGUCUUUCAAGUUAAGCUCAGGCAACCGACGUGGAGCGCCGGCACGUGACUAGUGUUUUACCAUGAGGUAUGUCUUUCCGCCUCAACUCCACAACAGCUGAAUAAAAUGGCAUUGGAUUGGAACUACAAGCCAUGCAGUGCCUACUAGAAACCGUCAACAAAACGUGUUGAGAAACCACCACAAAUUGAAAUUCACCCAACCUUAUAAUGACUCUUAUGCUUGAUUGAAUGCUUGUUAAAAUGCUUGUUGCUGAUUAGCAAGUUCUUUUCAUCGAACCCGUUUCCCUUUUUUCUAAUAAUAAAGCAAUUGCUGGUACGUACUCCAAGUGUUUGCUAGAAUGCUUAGUAGAAACAGGAUGCUUAUCAGAAGUUUGGUUUCGAGUUCAGUCCCUUGUACGAGAAACUUUUCAGGGACAGCCCCGCCUCCACGGCAGGUUCUGAAAACCGGAGAUACUUUAAGACAAACGAGGAUAUUCACAAACGAGGACGUUGCUGAAUAUUCAAAGGCGAGUCAUGAUUCCAAUCCAUUGCAUUUCGAUUCUGAAUUUGCCCGGAAUGCUGGAUUUGAGGAUCGGCUUGUCCAUGGAAUGCUGGUUGCUGCUCUAUUUCCUCGGAUUAUUGCAUCCCACUUUCCUGGAGCCGUAUAUGUUUCUCAAAGCUUACAUUAUAAAAGCCCUGUAUAUAUUGGAGAUGCAGUUGUUGGAGAGGUACAAGCUACUAAUAUAAGAGAAAACAAGAGUAGAUACAUAGUAAAAUUCUUGACAAGGUGCUUCAAGAACGAUAAGCUUCUCGUUAUUGAUGGAGAGGCGGUGGCGAUUUUACCAAAUCUAGUUGCGGAGAAGGUGAAUGUUGUGGACUGAUGAACCUUCAGCAAAUUGCCAGACUAAAAAUUUUGAAGGAGCAGAACUCAAUUUCCACCUGUUUCUUGGGCGAGCAUCCUAGCAACCAUCGUAGCCUAAUGCCUUAUCACCUACAGAAUUUUUCAGACAACUCUUACAUAAAAUGCAACCGAAACCAUUCCUCGACC